AUGACAGAGGACAAUUAUCGGCCUCGCUCUCCUGAUUUCUCUCUUCCUCCUCCUCAACAACACGUGCUUCCGAGUCCAAUUACCUCUUACACAUCACCAAUCUUCAACACAUACCAACCGUACCCACGCCCAAAUCCAAGUCGCGUGUCUCAACAGUACGUACCGCCAUAUCAGCCAGACGACUCGGACAUGGCUCGCCGCUCAAGCCGUCUUGCUCAGUCUGACCACACCCCCAUCCCCGAACCUAUGCCUGAAGCAAUUCAACCAAUGCCCGAAGUAAUCCAACCAAUGCCCGAAGCAAUCCAACCAAUGCCCGAAGCAAUCCCAGAGCCGAUCGCAAUGGCGUCAGUCCCCGUUGUUGCGCCGAAGAUGGAGGAAGAGAUGCCGCCGACGCUUCCAAAUGUGGGGAUUGAAGUAAAGACCAAGUUUCCCGUGGCGCGCAUUAAGCGCAUCAUGCAGGCCGAUGAGGAUGUCGGCAAGGUUGCUCAAGUAACCCCGAUUGCUGUGUCCAAGGCUCUCGAACUGUUCAUGAUCUCUCUCGUCACCAAGGCGGCACAAGAAGCCAAGGAUCGCAACUCAAAGCGCGUCACGGCCUCGCAUCUUAAACAGGCCGUUGCCAAGGAUGAAGUACUCGACUUCUUGGCCGACAUCAUCUCGAAGGUUCCUGAUCAACCCGCUAGCCGGAAACACGAAGACGAUGGGAGCGAUCAGAAUGAGGGUCGCCGUAAGCGGGGGGGCCGGCGACCCAAGGAUGAGAGUGAUUGA